AUGUCGAAAAUUGACAAAGUAAGUUCAGAUUUGACUGCAUUGUGCGAUCGCAUUGAAAAUAUACAGACUAGAGUUGGCAAUCUAGAGAAGUUUACUGGUAACUUGGGGAACUCGAUGGGGGAAAUCAAGAAAUCUAGAUAUCAGACUAGCCUAAAAGGAGACGUUGAGGAAACAGUUAAGGAAAUCAGAGAACUAAAGUUAGCGAAUAAACAAUUACAAGGCCAAAUUACAGAUCUGCAGGCAAGAAGUAUGAGGGAUAAUUUGCUUUUUUUCGGACUCGCAGAAUACCGCGGCAGUGGAAAGGAGAACUGUGUAAAUCUGAUCAACGAGUUCUGUGAAGCAGAACUGAACAUUGUUGGCAUUAAAGAUAAUAUCGAGCGUGCCCAUAGGAUUGGACGAUUCCAGUACAACAAAACAAGGCCUAUUGUUGUGAAAUUCUCGAACUUCAGGGUCAGGGAAAGUGUCAGGACAUCUGGAUACAAGCUCAAAAACAAGCAGUACAACAAACGAGAACAAUUUCCUAAAGAAAUCGUCGAGAAAACGAAAUGCCUAUAUUGA